AUGCCUGUUCAGUGCCUACGUAGAAAUGGGGGGGAAAAUGAUGAUGACUCUGACCAGAAAUGGAAACCACCAGAAAAUGACCUGAUUCAGAAGUUAAUAGCACAGAUUGAAUAUUACUUCUCAGAUGAGAACCUUGAGAAAGAUGCCUUCCUUCUAAAGCAUGUGAGAAGAAAUAAGAUGGGCUACGUCAGCGUUAAACUCCUCACUUCUUUUAAGAAGGUGAAACACCUCACCCGUGACUGGAGAACCACAGCCUAUGCACUGAAGUACUCGGACACUCUUGAGCUCAAUGAUGAUAACAGAAAGGUUAGAAGGAAUACUCCUGUUCCAGUGUUUCCAAGUGAAAACCUCCCUACCAGGAUGUUACUGGUGUACGAUAUCCACAUGAUUUCUGAGCUGCAGGCUCUUAACAAACAACAAGAAAAUGGAUGCAUGCAAGAAAGGAUAAUGGAGCAUCUCCUCAAAGCCUUUGUAACUUUCGGUGUAAUUUCAUCAGUUCGUAUUCUCAAGCCUGGUAAGGAUCUACCACCCGAUAUCAGGAGGGUCAGCAGUCGGUACACCCAACUGGGAACUCAGGAAUGUGCAAUUAUAGAAUUUGAAGAAGUAGAUGCUGCCAUACGUGCUCAUGACUUCAUGUGUGCUGAAAAGAAAGAGACCGGCAUGAAAGUUGUCCUAAUAGGCGUGAAACCUCCGAAGAAAAAAGUUCCCAAAGACAAGAACCAUGACGAAGAUACCAGCAAGAGUCUUAAGAAGGCUAGAUCCCUUAAUAAGAGAGUUGAGGAACUUCAGUUUGCUGGUGAUGAAUCUUCAGCAAAUAGUUCUUCUGACCCAGAGAGUAAUCCUACAUCACCACUGUCAGGACGCAAAAGUACUGCAACAAAUACCAUGAGUAAUUUGAGCCCCAUCAUUCACCCAACCAACCAUUUGAGUCCUAAUGUAUCACCCAGAUCAAGUCCUUGGAACAGUCCAUCUUCACUAAGAAAAGUAAACAAAAAGUCUCCGCUGGCUGAAGACGGCAAGCUUAACCCAAGCACUAGCCCUGAAAUUCCAAGGAAAUGUACAGAUUACUCCUCGGAUAGCAGUAUCACUCCUUCUGGUAGCCCCUGGGUACAGAGAAGAAAAGCUCAAACUGUAACACAAGAGAAGAGUCCCGUCAGUAGCCCCAUGUUAGCUCGGAAAAUACAAAAUGCAGAUGGUCUGCCUGUAGGGGUGCUGCGGCUGCCUAAAGGUCCUGAUGGCACUAAAGGAUUCCACAAUGGAUGUGAAAGAAGGAAGGCUACCAAGAAUGAAUAAAUCAUUCUUUAAAAACAAUUUCACAAGUCGGUCAACUGCUUUUGUUUAAGCCUGGUGAAAAAUGGUCACUUGAGUGACUGAGUUAAGUCAGUAUUUAAUUUUAAAAGAUUUUGUAUUCAUCUAGAGACUUCAUCAUUUGUAUAUUCACUUCACAGAAUCACAGAAUAGUUGGGGUUGGAAGGCAGCUCUGGAGAUUGUCCAGUCCACCUCCUUUGCUCAAGCAGGGUCCACUACAGCAGGUCACUUCAGGUUUUGAAUGUCUGCAAGGAUAGAGACUCCCCAACAUGUCUGGGCAGCGUGUGCCCGUGUUCAACCAUCCACACAGUAAAAAAGCGUUUCCUUACAUUCAGGUGGAAUUUCCUGUGUUUCGGUUUGUGCCCCUUGUCCUGUUACUGGGCAUCACUGAGAAGAGCCUAGCUCCAUCUUCUCUACUCCUUCCCAUCAGAUACUUAAAAACAUUGAUGAGAUCCGCCCCCUGAGCCUUCCCUUUGCCAGCCUAAACGGCCCCGGGUCUCUAGGCCUCUCACAUGAGAGAUGCUCCAGUCUCUUCAUCAUCUUAUGCACUUACCUAAUGCAAUGCCCUUAUCUGCUGCUUUUUUUUUUUUUUUAAAUGUAUUAGUUCGAAACAGGCAUAUAAAUCAUUCAUGUAACUACAUUAUUUGCAAAGCUAUGAUCCUGAAGAGCAGUGUGUAAGUACUUACAGUUUAGCGGUUGUACUACGAUAAGCUGUGGUAUGCUACCAGCCUAAUCACAAGGAAUAGAGGUUUUCAAGACUUUGCGUUUGUCUCAAAAGGAACUCUGAGAAACUUACGCUACAGUGAGCGGUUGCUCUCUGCUUGCAUACAUCUCCAAAGACAAUUUAGUCUGUUUAGUAGGACCAAAGUGUGUAUUUUUAUGUGAUGUGAACAAAGACUCUGAGCAUCGAAGACUGUUCUGUAA